AUCUCCCGCGAAGUGCAGUUUUCCUUUGCGUCAGCGUCGUUGAGGGGACGCUGCUUUGCACUAGCGGCUAAUCAACGGGGCAUUAAGACAAGUUAAGCUGAGAUAAGACAUUCUCCAGAGGAGAAGAGGAGUUCACCUUCACUUUGACCAAGUUUUCACAAGACAUUAACUGAACAUUAACUUCCCUGACAUCCUUAAAAGUAGACUCUGCUUCAUUUUUUUAUCUUGACUCCUGAUCACUGAGCGUACCGACGCCAGAGAGCAGCUCCACUUCGUGACGUCAUGUCUCAGAAGUCACAGUCCGACGGCAGUCAGAAACACUUCGCUGUGGGUCGGGGGCUCCUGGCUGCUGCAGAGACCUUGAACUUCAACAUGAAUGAGCAGCGUUCCAGUCGGCAGAUGGGGGGCAUGACCUCAGGUGUGGGGAUGGGUGGUGGUGGUGGUGGGGAGGGCAAAGACGGCACCGCCCAGAUGUCCCGACAUGGCAGUGGCAGCAAUCUUGGCAGCACCAUGAAGCUUUUUGCCAGUUUAGGGCUGUCGCCCUCUGACCUGGAUGCUCUGGCUGAAAUCCCUGAAGAGGACAUCAGCGUGGAGACACUGCCACAGAUCCUCAUGCAGCUCAAGAGCCGCAAGGGGGACAAAGGAGAGCGGCGAGCAGCAUCCUCCAUGUCUUCUGAUGCUGUGUAUCGAGGAGGACGGGAAGGCUGGGAAGACGGGCAUGUAGGGAGGAUGGGUGGUCCUUCUCUGGGCCAGGGCUCAGCCCGGGCCCAGCCCUCUGCAGACUUUGGGUACAACUCCCUGCAAGACGUCUCCUCCAGCCGAGGCUACAACUUAAAUUACAGCAGCAGCAGUGGUAGUGGUGGGGGUGGGAGCAGAGAGAGGCCGUAUUCUGAGCUUUCCCACCAAGAUUCCUACAGUGGGAUUGGCAUGGGGCCGUCGCCGUCUGACUCCGUCUUUAUGCAGAGGAGGAUGGGCUCCCCGUCCAAUGGAAAAAUCCAAGACUUCUUGGGAGUCAUGCCCCCCAUGUUUCCCCAUGUGUGCUCUCUUUGUGACUUUGACGUUCAUUCCACCAUGGAGUGGAACCAACACACUAAUGGACUACGACAUGCUGAAAACAGACGGCAGCUCCUUGACAUGUAUCCGACAUGGGAUCCUGGCAUGGCCUCAGGAAGAGGCGGUGGUCUUCUGGAGACCCCCAACCUGUCUGCAGGACUGCUGGGACCGACCCCCUCUUCUUCAGGACAGGCGGGAGGAAUGUCCUCCAGCUGGGGAGGAAGCGGAGGUCCUGGACUGUUGGGGAAGAACCAGCCGGGACAGAAUAAACUGAGGAGCCGGGUCGUGGUGGUGAAAUACGACAGAAGGCCUCUCAGCAACAAGACUCUGUUCGCCUUCACAGAACCGUUUGGCUGCCUGAGGGAGCAUCUGGUCCUCAAGAACAAGGCCUUUAUGGAGAUGAACUCACACGAAGAAGCCCUGGACAUGGUGAACUACUACGAGCAGCAUCCGGCGGCGCUGUAUGGAAAACCCAUCACCUUCUACCUGUCGCAGAGGCUGCUGGUCAUCGAGAAGGAGGAUCGAGCAUCGGACAAGCUGAUCGACAGACCGGUCAGAGACAUCAAAGGUCACGGCAGCAAAGUGGUUUUCUUCUCCAAUCUGCCCAGACAGGACGAGAAGAAGAGGGAGCUGCUGACCAUCGCUGGGCGCUUCGGCAUUGUAGAGAAACACCUGUUUUUAACCGACCAGGCAUUUGUCCAGCUGGGAACCGUGGAGGACGCCGAGAUGCUGGUGAAGUAUUACAGCGUGAAUCCUCUCACCAUCAAAGGAAGGCCAAUCCGCCUCAACAUCUGUGCCAAAUACAAAACCCUGAAUGUGAACCGCAGACUGGGAGGAGACGCUCAGAGCCGGAGGAGACCAAGCACCUCCUCCUCCACCUCCAGGACCUCCUCAUCCAAGUCCAGCUCCAGGACCAGAGAUGAGAAGAAGAAGAAGGAGGAAGAGGACGACGGCAAGGUGAAGCCUGAGGAGAAACCGGCAGCGGUGAAGGAGGCGGUGGAGGAGGACGAGGAAGAGGAGGAGGAAGAGGAGGAGGUGUCCGGAGUCCUGCAGGGAGGAGAGGAAGGAGGGGAGGAGGAGGAGGUGGUAACCGAUGGAGAUGCUGACGGGGAGGAGCCAGAGGGGGCGGAGUCUGUGAAGGAGACUGUGGAGGAGUCAUCGGACAUUAAAGAGGACGACAAAGAGGUUCCCGACGCCAGCGACAUCACUGCUGACACACCUGGAGAUGUGUGUGAGGCUGAAGCCCAGCAGGGGGCGGAGCCUGAGAUCCAGACCGAGCAGACGGAAACCGAAACCUCAACCGACGAACACAAAGACGAAGCUGCCGUGGACGCCGCAGAGAGCUCGGAGGCGGUGGAGGGAGAUCUGCCCGAACACAUGUUUGAACAGGACUUCCUGGAGAACAUGGAAGACUUUGUGACGCUGGACGAGCUGGGAGAUGACGAGGACGAAGCCGGAGGGUCGGACGCCAUCGACAACACCAGGCGAGGGGGCAUGAGGGUGGUCAACAUUGUCGGCUUCAGGAGGGGUCACAACUUCCUCAACGAGCUGCUCGGACUUGCCAAACCUUUCGGGAAAGUGGUCAAACAUCUGGUGCUGGACCUGCGACCGGAGGCGUUCCUGCAGUUCGAUACGGAGGAAGAAGCUCGAGCGAUGAACAGGUUCUACAACAGCAACGUGGUGGCGUCUGUGUGCGGUCGCCCGGUGAGGGUCAGCCACUCCAUGAGCUACCCCACCAUCCAGUGCGGCUCCAGCAGGGUCGUGUAUGUCGGUCAGCUCCCCAGCAGCAAGUACGCAGACGAGGACAUCCUGAAGCUGGCCGAGCCGUACGGGGUCGUCCGCAAGUACUUCCUGAACCGGAUCCGGAGAGAGUGCUUCAUCGAGAUGGAACGAGCCGAAGAUGCCGAGAAGAUGGCAGAGAGCUACAAAGUGAAGCCGCCGAGGUUGGAGGGCAAACGCCUGACCGUCUACGUCAGCAGGAAGUACAGGCAGCUCAAACAUGGCCAUCGACGUCCGACCACGACGAAGAGGAUCAUCAGCCUCUCGCCGCCGCCAAAAUCCUCCCAACAAGCUGAAGAGCCUCCAGCCAAGAAACCUAGAGAGGAAGUUGAACAGGAGGACGAGGAGAAAAUAGAGGAAGAGGAGAAGAAGAAGGAGAAGGAGGAGGAGGAGGAGGAGAAGAAGAAGAAGGAGGAGAAAAAGGAGGAAUAUGAGCAGAGCUGUGAAGAAAAGAUGGAAGAAAACUCUGCUGAGAAGAUUCCAGAUGUUUGUGACGAGAAGCAGAAGAGCAGCGAAGACCUGCAGGAGGUCAAACAGGAAGAGCAACUGGAGGAGGCGGGCGUGUCGACCAAUCAGAAGGAACCAAAUGCCACCGACAACAAACCGAAGGCGGCGUCUCUGCCACUGCCCCCCUACGACCCCAACAGCGCCGUCGGUGUUGAACACGUGAAGAUGGGGUAUUACUGUCGCGUCUGUUACCUGUUUUACUCCAACGAGGACACGGCAAAGAAAACCCACUGCAGCAGCCAGAUCCACUACGACAAGCUGCAGAAAUACCUGGAGAGGGAACAAACCAAAUCAGAGAAGAAGAAGGGGAAGAAGACNCAAGACACUAAAUUAGAGAUUAAAUGA